AUGGCUCCCAUAAAGACAACCAUUAACAAGAAUAAAACCGCUUCUAAUAAAGCACCUCUCACAAAGACCAGCCGUGUGAUCAAGAAAACCGACGUCGGAUCAAAAACAAAGAAAAAUCAGACCAACAAUGAGUUAAGCACAAGAGUUAAAAAAGCUCCAAAGAACACUGAAAUUGGUACAAAGAUUAAAGUGAUGCUCCGUUGUAGAGCAAGCGAUGUUGCACCUUCCUCGAAGUCACAGAUCCUUGAAUCGGUAGUCAAUGACCCCGCGAAAGUUCUUUUAAAAGCAAAUAAUGCUGUCUAUUGCUUUGAUCAAAUCUUCGAUCAACAUAGCACACAAGAAGAAGUCUACGAUAAGAUUGGUAGUCCUGUCUUAAAGGAAGUCUUUAAAGGUUACAGCUGUACUAUAUUUGCGUAUGGCCAAACCGGCACAGGCAAAACGUUCACUAUGGAAGGUACCGAAAAGCAAGAGGGAAUUAUUCCUCGUGUUAUCAAGGAAUUAUUUUUAGAGCUUAAGAAAAAAGACCCUGCAUGCCAUGUAACAGUAUCCAUGCUUGAGCUGUACAACGAAGAGAUCAGGGAUCUUUUGGCUUUCUCCGAUGACCAGAAAGUUUAUAAUAUUUAUGAAGAUGGCACUGGUGUGAAAGUUCAAAACCUUAGAGAGCAUGAAAUCACUUCUGUAGAAAGAGGCAUUGAUAUGAUGAAACAUGGCGUGAAAAAGAGAAUGACUGCUGCGACAAAUAUAAAUGAUAAAUCGAGCCGAUCCCAUAGUAUUUUUACAAUCACAGUGCAUAUGCGCGAAGUAUCAGUUAACGGAGAUGUGAUUUUUAGAAUUGGAAAAUUAAAUUUGGUGGAUUUAGCUGGAUCCGAGAAUGGAAAAAAUUCGGGCUCUGAACAUCUUAGAGCAAGAGAAGCUGCAAAUAUCAAUAGAAGUCUAUUGACGCUUGGUCGAGUCAUCAAUUCAUUAGUCGAAAACACACCUCAUGUACCUUACAGAGAAAGCAAAUUAACCAGAUUGUUAAAAGAAUCUCUCGGUGACCACCAAACAUAUGAUGAAAUAAGAAGUACAUUGGAUUACGCCAGUCAUGCGAACGGUAUAUGUAAUUUACCUCAGGCCCAUAGUGAAAUAAGUCAAGUGACACAUGUGGCGACUCUUGUUAAUCAAUUGGAACAAUUGGAUCAACAAUUACAAAUCAACUAUGAAAAACAAGGUAUAUACCUCACCAAAAAGGCCUAUGAUAUAUCAAAAGCCGAACUUCAGUCAGUAAAAGAAGCAUUAGCCGCCGAAAAGAUUGAAAAGGAAAAGCUGAAAGACGUGUUGGAAGAGUCAAAGUUAGACACAAAAAGGUUCAAAGAAGCUGCUAAAAGAACACGAGAUGAGAAAGAUAGUGCAGAAGCAGAGUUCCAAGAAAAGAUAAGCAAAAUGGAGAUGUCUCACAAGGAAGAGAUAGAAGAACGCAAAUUAAAAGAGCAAAGUUUAAUGCAAGAGAAGGAAUCACUACACCAAAAGAAUCAAGAAUUGAUAAAUGUAUUAUUGGCUACAAACGAAACAUUUAUGUCAACUAUUAAGAACAACAAAUCAUCGCCCUAA